GUUUUGCUGCAUCUCCCAAGCUCCCAUCUGUCCUGUCAUCAUGGCGUCCAAGCGGUAUCCCAUCAACAUCCAUCUAGUUGGAGUAUUGCACAAGGAAAAGAGCCAAUUUUACAAGACCUCUGUGUUUUGGUCCGACGACAGUGAUGGUGUGAUUUACAGAAGUUUUCGGGAAUUCAAGAAAAUGCAUAAGCAACUGAAGAAAGCAUUCCCACCUGCAAACAAACUGAGGAACUCUGACAGAAUCAUCCCCAGAUUUCGAGAUCGAAGGAUUAAACAAAGACGUGGAAGGAAGACCCCGACCAAGUCCCUGAUGCACCUGAAAUUUUUGCAGAAAUAUUGUGAUGCACUCCUGCGCUGUGACCAGCGAGUCUGUCAGUCUAAAGACCUCAUCCAGUUCUUGAGCCCUAGAGACCAGGACCUACAGCCAGAGUUUGCCAAAAAUGGCAUCAUGGUCAUGCCCUCAGAAGAUGAACGCAGAAUCGAAGGAGUGGACGGAAACGGUGGUGAUGUGACCCAUCCGUUUAUCACAGAGACAUACAAAUGCGUGGCCCCGUAUGAGACCACCGACACCAAGAACAAACCUUUCAAAGUGGCUACGGGUGACAAACUUGAUGUGGUCGUCAAAGACAAAGGAGGAUGGUGGCUUGUGGAGACUGAAGACAAGCGGAUAGCCUGGUUUCCUGCACCCUAUCUGCAGAGGAUAGAUGACGAUGAUAAUAAUGGAGAUGAAGAGGAGAUAGAUGGGAUUCCUGAAAAAGGAGCACUUUACACCGCAGUCAAGAGCUUCAAGGGCACCAAAAUUGACGAGGUAACCGUAACCAUCGAUGCUGUGGUGGAGGUCCUGAAGAAGUCUGAAAAUGGCUGGUGGCUUGUCAGAUCCACUGGAAAAGUGGGGUACAUCCCUACAAUGAUACUGGAGCCCUACCGCUACCCUCACACAUGUAUGCCAUCCCACCAAGAUCAGGGCACCCCCCCUUCUCUCCUCGUUCCCUCCUCAAACCUGGAACAGCAGUCCAAUCUCAGCCGCUCCCAAGGAAACCUGCUGCAACAUUUCCCCAUCAGGUCUUUGUCACCUCACCCAAUCCAGACAGACAGUAAACAAAAGUCCAGGUCUCUUGGGGUUUUGCCUGAGCACCUUCCUGCACAGCCUUCUGCAAAUAGUACCAGUGCUGCUACAAAUGUUUCCUCUACACCCACCACUUCCUCUCACCCUCCUCUGCCCACGAUCACAGUGGAGAUGGAUGGAGGUGUCAAACAACACAGCGGGAGUCUGGCAGGAGAUAGCGAUGACAGCUUUACGAGUGACAGCACCGACUUCAGCUUCAGCGAUGACUUGAGCUUCUCGUCCCUCAACCUGAGCCCCAGUGCCAAUGAUGAACAGCUGCAUCCCAGCCGUACGCCUCCCCCUGGGUCAAGCAACACCCUCAGCCCAACAGGCCCGAAAGGAAGACUAGUCUCUAGUGUCUCUGAUCCUGCCCUCUACAAUGCACCCACAUUACCCAAGGUGCCACCCAGACCGAGGGCCCAGGAGAUCCUCUCCCGGUGUACCUCUGUCACUCGCAAGAAUGCAGCAAGAGGUAAUCAGCUGAGAUAA